AUCAACCAAGGAAGCAACCUUCCCUGCAACCAACGCCAUUCUUCUUCCUAGCAAUGGCAGAAACAGGGCACUCUUCCCUGUUGAUGCUGCUUCUCCUCGUAAGCGCUGCGACGACUGCCGCGCAGCGAGCCUCCAUGGCUGGUGUCAGCACUCCAUCUGACCACCUUGCGCUAAUGUCCUUCAAGUCGCUCAUACAGAUUGACCCAUCAUCAGCACUGUCCUCAUGGCGCAGCAACCAGUCGUUGUGCCAGUGGCACGGUGUGACGUGCGGCACGCGGGGGCGCCGCCGUGGUCGUGUUGUGGCGCUGGACCUCGCCAACCUGGGCCUCCAUGGCACCAUUUCCCCUGCCAUAGGCAACCUCACCUACCUGAGAAAGCUCCACUUCCCCAUGAAUCGCAUGGGUGGCACCAUACCGCCGGAGAUUAGCCGUCUCCUUGAGCUCAGGUAUGUGAACCUGAGCUUCAAUUCUCUUGAAGGCAGCAUCCCGGGAUCAUUGUCAGAAUGCAAGCAAGUCGUGAGCAUCAGCGUGGCAUUCAACCACCUCUCGGGAGGGAUACCUCCAGCCAUGGGCGUUCUCUCUGGUCUGCGCAUAGUCCAGAUGCAGGGCAACAUGCUCGAUGGUCCGAUACCUGGCGCAUUAGCCUCGUUGCAAAGCCUCGAGGUUCUUCAUCUCUACAACAACACUCUGACAGGAAACAUUCCUCCAGAGUUUGGCAACCUCACCAAUCUUGUAAGUCUUAACAUGAACUACAAUCACUUGACAGGUUCAGUUCCUUCUUCUCUUGGUAACCUUCUGAAGAUUGAGAAUCUCCAACUGAGGGGGAAUCAACUCGCAGGCCCAAUUCCAUCAUUCUUGGGGAACCUCUCCUCGUUAACGAUUAUUAAUCUUGGUACCAACAGAUUUCAAGGGGAGAUUGUGCCAUUACAAAGACUGCUAUCUCUUACUGUCCUUAUUUUGCAACAAAAUGACCUUCAUGGUGCCAUCCCUUCUUGGCUAGGAAACCUCUCUGCCCUGGUAUACCUAAGCUUGGGAGGGAAUAGCUUGACUGGGGCUAUUCCUGAAUCAUUAGGAAACCUUGAGAUGUUAUCUGGUCUUGUUCUUGCCGAAAACAAUCUUACAGGCACCAUUCCCUCCUCCCUUGGAAACCUUCAAGCUCUUUCUGAUAUCUUUCUAGACAAGAAUCAGCUCACAGGAUCCAUUCCUUCUUCCAUUUUCAAUCUGUCCUCUCUCAGCACAUUCAAUGUACAGGCAAACCAGCUAACAGGACCCUUACUGAUUGCCAAUGGAGUGAACUUUCCAUUGCUUCGAAUAUUUAAUGUAGGGUUCAAUCAGAUUCAGGGUGUUAUUCCACCAUGGCUGUGCAACUCUACUAUGCUUAUACACAUUGGAGUAGACUUCAAUAUGUUAUCAGGAAUAGUACCUGCUUGUCUCGGAGAUCGCCUAAAUAGUUUGGCGACCCUGACACUCGAAAACAAUCAACUACAUGCAAGUUAUGAUGAAGGUUGGGACUUCAUGUCUAGUUUGACUAAUAGCAGCCACUUAAAAGUUUUAGAUUUCAGUAAUAACCUAUUUCAAGGCUCACUACCUCAUGCAGUAGCCAAUCUUUCUAUGGAUUUGCAAGCUUUUGCUGCAGAUAACAACAUGAUAAGUGGAAACAUUCCUGAAAGCAUUGGAAACCUAGCUAAUUUAGCAUAUCUUUUCAUGAGCAACAAUUCUUUAGAAGGCAUUAUUCCUGCCUCUCUGGGUAGACUUCAGAGCAUGAGCUUUCUAAACCUUGGGAAUAACAAUCUCAUGGGCCAAAUUCCACUGACCCUUGGCAAUCUCACAUUGUUGAAUAAACUCUAUCUUGGAAAAAAUUCACUUAGUGGACCAAUGCCAUCAAAUCUUGGAAGCUGUCCCUUAGAGCUGCUCGAUCUUCAGCACAAUAUGCUCAGUGGUCCAAUUCCCAAGGAAGUUUUCCUCAUAACUUCCCUGUCCAAUUUCAUGUAUUUCCAGAGCAACUUGUUUAGUGGGUCACUACCAUCAGAAAUCGGUAACUUGAAAAAUAUUGCAGACAUUAACUUCUCUGGUAAUCAGAUUUCUGGUCAGAUUCCUGCCUCCAUUGGUGGUUGUCAAAGCCUGCAAUAUUUACGGAUGCAAGGAAACUUGCUUCAUGGGACAAUCCCAGCAUCAAUGGAACGGCUGAAAGGACUUGAAGUACUUGAUCUUUCACACAAUAACCUGUCAGGAGAUAUUCCUCAGUUUCUUGUUAGAAUGAAAGGACUUGCUAGUUUGAACAUCUCAUUCAACUACUUUGAGGGUGAAGUUCCCAAAGACGGAGUAUUUCUCAAUGCGAGUGCAAUUGCAACUGAGGGAAAUCAAGGCCUGUGUGGGGGUAUCUCUGAAUUGAAGUUGCCUCGCUGCUCCACUCACACCAGCAACAGUCGGUCCUGGAAGCUUAUCGUCUCUAUAAGCAGUGCAGCCCUAGUGCUUACCAUCCUUUUAGCACUAUUUGCUUGCUGGCACAAUAGGAGCAGGUUGCAACAAGCAAACACAGAUCAGUUACUCCUCAAUGAUUUACAUAUAAGAGUAGGCUAUGCAGACUUAGUCCAUGCAACAAAUGGCUUUGCUUCCAGGAACCUCGUUGGGGUUGGAAGCUUCGGCUCAGUGUACAAAGGAAGAAUGAUGAUCCACAACCAACAAGUCAUCAUUGCUGUGAAAGUUCUUAACUUGCAACAACGUGGGGCAGCACAAAGCUUUCUUGCAGAAUGUGAGACUCUCAGAAGCGUUCGGCAUCGUAACCUUGUGAAGAUCUUGACAGUUUGCUCGAGUAUUGAUUUUCAGGGUCAUGACUUCAAGGCUCUGGUAUAUGAGUUUUUACCAAAUGGAAAUUUAGACCAAUGGCUACACCAGUAUCCUGAGGAAAAUGGUGAAAAUAGUGCCGUGAAUAUUAUCAGAAGGCUCAGCAUCGCCACUGAUGUGGCUUCUGCUCUUGAUUAUAUGCACCAUCACAGGCCAUCACCAAUUAUUCACUGCGAUCUCAAGCCAAGCAACAUUCUCCUUGAUAAUGAUAUGGUUGGGCAUGUUGCUGACUUUGGGCUUGCAAGAGUCCUGCAUCAAGAUCAUAGUGUCAUAUCAGAGAAAUCAAGUGGGUGGGCUACAAUGAGAGGAACAAUUGGCUAUGCUGCUCCAGAGUAUGGUUUGGGCAACAAAGUUUCAAUCCAGGGUGAUGUCUACAGCUAUGGCAUAUUGUUGCUGGAGAUGUUUACUGGAAAAAGACCGACAGACAGUGAAUUCGAAGAAGGACUCAGCCUUCGUAAAUAUGUUCAGACAGCACUUCCAGAAAGGGUGAUCAAUAUUGCAGACCAGAAGCUGUUAUCAAAGGAUGGGGAUGAACAACAAGGAAUCUCAAACUCAGUCAAAAUAAGAGAUGCAAGAAUCGCUUGCAUCACAUCGGUCCUGCAGAUUGGAAUUUCAUGUUCAAACGAUAACCCAACAGAUCGCUUGCAGAUUAGUGAUGCUUUGAAAGAGUUGCAGACUAUAAGAGACAAGUUUGGCAUGUCUGAUCAGUGAUGAAACCUCAAAUAACUAAGGCAUUUCAGGGAGCUUGUAAGAUAUGUAGUCAAAUCGAUGUACCUAAAUCCAAGAAAGCAAACAAGAUCUUGCAUGAUGCAUGCUACUAUCUCUGCAGCUACUUAUCAUUUCUGGUUGCAUCUGAAAGAACACAAAGAUUACAUCUUAUUAUGAAAA